AUGUGCUGGGUCUCUUGGGAUCGUUUGACUAAUCCAAAAGCUAUGGGAGGAUUGGGACUAAGGGACAUUCAGUUGUUCAAUCAAGCGUUACUGGCUAAACUGACAUGGAGAAUCAUCACGGUCCCUGAUUGCCUAUUAGCGAGAAUCCUAAAAGGAAAAUACUGUCAGAGACAAGGCUUCCUAGAUACAAAUCUACCAAGUGCUUGCUCACAUGGAUGGAGAAGUAUCCUUUUUGGGAGAGACCUCCUAAAAGACAACAUUGGAAAGGCCAUUGGUAAUGGACAGACAACCGCAGUCUGGAAGGACUCAUGGAUCUCCCUAGACGACAAUGUUAAACCCUAUGGACCUAUUCAAGAGGAAGAGCAAGGGUUGAAAAAUUCUUACCUGAGCUUUCAACAAAGAUCAUGA